AUGCAAAUAGAUGAAUUGCCGGUUGGGUAAUCAAAAAAGAAUUUUAUGUUAGAGGAGUUUCCACCAGGUAAUUUUGUUUAUAAAUAAUUAGAUUUUGAUCCUCAGUAAUAAGAAAAAGUCGAUUUACCAUUAAAGUAACGAAUUAAAUCUAAAGUUUGGAAAGUAAGGCUUUCAGCUUAUGAAGAAUUAGCAAAUGAUGAAGAAAUGGAUUGUGAAUGUGUCAUAUAGAUAAUAUAGGAUAUUCAUAUUUAAUGCUAAGAGAAAGCGCUUUAGAUAGCAUUAAAAUUUUUUGAAAAACAUAGCUAAAUAGAGUGUUUAUAACAAAAAGAAAUAAUAAAGGUUUUAUUAGAGAAAGUAUUAACACAACAAAAAUUAAAAGUACUUGGUCAUCAAGUUGCAACAUAACUUUAUCCUAAUUGCAAAUCCGCCUUCUCUGAAAUAAUAAUAUCAUAUUUAAUUCAUAAGAACCCUAAAGUUGUAUAAGCAACAAUAGCUUUGUUGAUAGAAUUAUUGCAAUAAUUUGGCCUUAAAAAAUUAGACAAUUUAAAACCUUUUUUUCCAGUAAUGGCCAAACUUACAGAUGCCUAAUAGAGUACUGUUAAAAUUGAUGCAAUUGCAUUUUAUAAGGAAGUAACAAAAUGGUAUGGAAAAAACAUAGAAGCUUUUUUUGGAGGGUUAAAUGAGAAAUUAUAAUAAGAAUUGAAAAAAUUAGCUGAGACAAUAACUGAAGUAUAAAAGGCUCCAAAUCAAGAAGGAGAUGCUGAAACUAAUAAUUAAGAACUAUAUGAUUUAGUUGAAGCGGUUGAAGUCUUUUCAAAAUAUACAGAUAGUUGGUGUGAAAAAGUAUUUUAAUUAGAAAAAUGGUAAGAGAAAAAGGAACAAUUAGACAAUCUAUAAAAAUCAUGUUCUGUUCCUAAAAUACAACCAUCUUAAAAUAUAUAUUCAGUUGUAUAAUUAUUAAAGAAAUUAUUAAAUGAAUAAUAAAUGAUUGUAAGUACUUAAUGUAUCAAGAUUAUUGGAUGUAUGGCAAAUGGUUUAAGAAAGAACUUUAAUUAAUAUGCUAAAAUAAUUAUUUUACCUGUUUUGGCUAAAUUAAAGGACAAAAAAUAAAAUAUAGUUGAUGAAACAAUUAUUACUAUUAAAAAACUGUUUUAUAGUUGUAAUCUUGAUGAAUUUUUCGAAGAACUGAAAGCCUUAUUGGAAGAUAAAGCUCCUGGCCCAAAAAUUAAUGUUUUUAUCAUAAUUGACCAUUAUUUAGAUGAAACAUCAAAAGAUAAAUUAAACAAACUUUAAUGUGUUAAAUAAUUAGUCCCAAUUUGUAAGAAAUUUACAGAGGAUGGUAAUGCCGAAGUACGAGCAAAAUCAAUAAUGUUGAUGGCUAAAAUAUCUGCUAAAUUAUUUAAUGGGACUAUGUCAAUUGAUUUAAAAGGGGAUAAGUAUACAAAAUAUUAAAAUUAAGUAAAUUUAUAUUUGGAAGGAAUGGGAGCAUUACAAGGAAAAGAAAUUCUAUAAUAAUAAUAAUAAUAAUAAUAAUAAUAAUAAUAAUAAUAAUAAUAAUAAUAAUAAUAAUAAAAGCAGUUAUUACCAAAUAAAGAAAAUUUAUAAUUAUAAGGUUCAGCUACCACUAAUAAUUUAAAAAAAUAAUCAUUAUAAUCUAAAUUGAAUAAACCUCUUCAAAUGAAUUAAUAAAAUAAUGAAAUAUAAUAAUUAUAAUAUUCAACUACAAUGACUGCAACUUAAGUUGAUGCUUUUAUAAAAUAAUAUAAAUCAUUAAAAAAUAAAGAUUAAAGUGAUUUAGGCAAUAUUUUACUCUAAAUAACUUAGUAAUCAAAUUAUAUUUUAAAUGUAACAAUGGAAUUUAUUAUCGAUAAAAUGCCAGAAUAAAAAUCUUUAUGUUACUAAUUAUUUGAAAAGCUUGCAUAAACAUAUAAACCUAAUCAUUUAUCUCAAUUAAUUACAACCUUUAAAAAUGCAUCAACUUAAAGUUAGCUUUUAGAAAUUCUUAAUAUUUUAUUAAAAUAUAUACCUUAAAGUGAAAAAAAUAUUGACUAAUAACUUAUUUCAGAUUUUCUUAAAAAUUAUUAGCAUCAAUCUAAUUUGAAAACAAGAUCAUUAGUUUAAGAAUGUCAAAAUGCGUUAAAAUAAUUAUUUGAAAUAAAAAAAAUCUAAAUAGAAGAAAAACAAAUUAUUCCUUUUCCAUUAAAUACUUUUAGCGAUUAACAUUUUGAACUAAUAAAAGUUUAACUAAAAGUUCCCUAAAUUCCAUAAACUCUCUAUGAAAAAAUGUUUAGCUAUAAUAUAUAAUAAAAUUAAUUAGCAGCGUCUUAUAUUAAAUCUAAAAUAACACAACCAGGUGAAUUUUGUGAAAUAUUUUUUAAAUGGGCUUAUCUAAUCUCUUGGAUGAAAGAAAAUAUUCCUUUACAAUAAGAAAUUUCGUAAUUAUUCUAAAUGUUAAUUACUUAGCGUAUACCUACUUUCUUAGAAUAACAGAUAAUAUUUUCAUAUAUUAAAAUGAUGAUUUUAAUAUAUUUAAGGAAUGGAGUUCCAAAAUUGGCCUAAAGAACACUGCCCUUAUUAAUGAAUUUACUGAGUGAGUACAAAAAAUAUUCAGUCUAACAGCCAUUAUUGGUAGAUUUUGAAGAUUUUGAUGAAUUAUCCAAUUAAUAAGCAAAUCAAUUAAUAUAAAUUAUGUCAGACAAAGCAAGUGAUUGGAAUUUAAGCAACACUCUCUAAUAAAAAUAGCUAAUUGCUUAAUUCAUAUCUUUUAUUUGGAAAGAAGAGAGCGUAAUUAUUAAUAAAUAAAUUGUUUAAGCAAUUCCUCCUUAAUUUUAACAUUUAUAAAUAAUUUAGACAUCUUAAAAUAAUGACAACUUAUAAAAAGAUUAAAUUUAAAAUUGUUAAAGGUUUAACCCUUUAUUUGUUGUAGAAUAACCAAAAACUGAAUAAAAUAAUUCGGAGAAGAAGACUAUGUAAGCCAAAAGUAUAUCUUACAAUGGAAUACCAUAAAUUAAUUCUUAAAUUAUUUAUGGAAAUAUAAACCUUAUCCAACAACAAUAAAAUAGUUAAAAUUAGAUGGAAAUUGAAGUAGAUUAGAAUAUUAGAAUAUUUUAGUAGUUAUAUUUUAAGUAUAACGAAACCAAUAAUUUUGAAAAUCCUCAAUUAUUAGCAGAUUAAAUUAUAUUAUUAUUAAAUAGUUUUAUAAAAGAUUAAUCUUGUGAUAAACUUAACUAAUUAUUAGAAAAACUAUUAUAUAUAUUAUCAUCAGGAUAAUUGUUGAAGUAAAUAUCAUAUGAUAAAUUUUAUAUCAUAUUUGAUAUAUUGAUAUUUAAAAUGGUCGAGGAAUCAACUAAAAUAAGCAGCAAAGAUAUGGCUCAAAGAAAUUGUUAUAGUUUAAUUAAUCAAAAUUUGAUAAAAAUUUUAAAUAAUUAAGAACUAUCUAUUUUGUAUUUAGCUUUUUUAGAUAUUUUAAUAAAAGUUAAAGAAUCUAAGAAGUAAUCAAAAUAAUUUUAUACAUUAAUCACAAAAUGUUUGAGUAAAUCUGUUGGAUAAGUAAAAAGCUAAUUUUAAUGGCAAUAAUUAUAAGGAAUUUUAGAAAAAAUAAAUAAAUAUUUAAUUUUAUGUGAAAAAUAAGAACCUAAUUAAGAAUUUCAAGAGUCUCAAGAUUUCUUAUAAAAAGCACUUAAAUCUACAGUAAUUUAUUUAUUGCAUUUUAAUGAUGGUGUUAGGGUUGGUUAAUGUAUUAUGUAAUUAACAAAUGAAUAAUCGAUUUUGAGAUAAUGGUUGUUAGAAUUUUAAGAAAAUAAUUUAAUUAAACAAAGAAGAUCUAUAGAAACCCAUAUCAAUUAGAUUAUUGAAUUACUAAAAAUUGAUUUUGAAAAGACUGUAGAAUAAUUUGUUUCUAUUGUACGAAGAUAAAAUAUCGAUUGGAAACCUAUGGUUGAAUUUUUAAGUGAAUAAUAAAUAAAAUUUAUCGAAUUAAGAUUAGAACAGACAAAUCACAUGAAUUUAUUAGAGAAAAAAGUAGGUGAAUUGGAAAAGAUGUUAAAUUAAUGA